CACUCGCUUAUUUCUCACAAACCAUAUCAUCCAAUGGCUGACGUUGUUCCGAUUCUCGUCAAGAUCGCUGACGUCAUCCUCCUCCCUUUCUUUCUCCUCAUCGCGGUGUUCGUUCUCCUCAUCGACGUCCAGAUCUGCUUCCCUACUCGCACCUUCCCUCAAUUCCUCGUCGACUUGAAGGAGUGGUACAUCGAGGAAUUCGACGACUUUUUAAUGGUGGAAAGGCCGCCUUUAAUCGUGGCAGCCGUAUGGCUCGUGAUCCUCUUCCAGUGGCCGCUCGCCAUCGCCAGCAUUUUCGGAAUAAUCGGCAAAAAAUCGUGGUACAAAACCACGUAUCUGAUGUACGGCGUAUCCGCUUGCAGCGUCAUGGCUCCUGUUUUGGGACACAUGAUUGGGACAGGCAAAGCAUCGGAUAAGAUGGUGAUGAUCCAUUCAUCGGUCUUGGGUCCCGCUCUCAUCGCCAUCCUACGUGGCCUCGUUCCUCCUCCAAUUCCAUUCAAGAGCAGCGCGAAAAAGAGCGAGUGAGGGACCGUUUUCAAUUCUCAUUUGAAUUUCAUUUUACGUGUAUGGAUAUUUCUAACACAUAUCAGGUGGGUCACCAUUGUCCUGAAAACCAUGUUCAACGAUCAACUUAUAGAUAGGAGAUAUGGAAAUAGACAAUGUUUGGACCAGGCCAGGCUAGAAGCUUAAAACCUGAGGCCUGAUCCAGAACUGGGUCUAAAACACCAGGCCCUAGCCCGAGCCCGAAAAAUGGU